UUGGCCGCGUCCCACUCACUUGCUCAACAGCAGCAGCAGCACUCCGCCCAAAGUCCGACACCCGGUCGCUCACCUCACGGCAACUCACCUCGACUCCUUCUGCCUGCUAACUAGACAAGAAAAUGCUGCAGAACGACUACGGCUACUCGCACUACCAGGCGGCUGCUCAGCACCACCAACACAGUGGCGAGCGUCCCAAGCUCUUCGGCACGUCGAUCGACAAUGGGGGCUCGGCCAAUGGCUACCACGGCCCGGGCAUGCACGACUUCCACCAGCUCGUGCACCCGAACAACAUGACGCCUCAGCACCACAUGCAGCAGACGCCGCAGCACCAGGCGCAGGCCCCGCAGCACCAGCAGGGCGACUUUGACCACGAGCCGAUCAUGAUGAACAUGCAGCACCCCGGUCAGUACUACGCGCCUCCGCCCAUGACGGCGCAGAUGCUCCACGUAUCCACCGACUACAACUCUGGAGGCUCUGCGGGUGGUGCGACGCCGUCGAACUCGCACGCGGGCUCCAAGCGCUCGCGCGAGGAGCUCAACAUGAAGGAGAAGAAGCGCAUGUUCAAGCUCAAUGACCGCAUCAACCAGCUCAAGACGCUGCUGGAUGAGGCUGGCGUGCAGUCCAAGAAGAACAAGCAGUCCAUUCUGGAUAACACUUAUCACUACAUCAGCAUGCUGCGCAGCAACCUCCUGAUCGCCAAGCAGAAGGCCGAGCGCGCCGAGAAGCAGGCCGACAGCUUCCGCUCGCAGGCCCAGACUGGCGGUCCCAUGGACGCUGUCUUCAAGCGCUGCUUCGACCAGUCCUCAACCCCGCGCAUCGUGGUAGACCUCAACAUGCAGCUCAUGGCAGUCAACUCGGCCUUCCUAUCACAAACCGGCCAGACCGAGGACAGCCUCAUGGACGUCAACACGCUGCGCUCCAGCCUCUGCCUGGACAACGGCAAGCUCGACGCUGUCGUACAGUCCGUCAGCAGCAGCAUGAAGCCAAUCAGCGCAAUCGUACAGGCGCAGGGUGCAGGCAACAUCGCGACGCUUACGCUCAUGGCGUCAGUCCUCACGGAUGACGACAACUCCGUGACUGCCAUCGAGUUCAGCCUCGUGCCCUUCGAAAUCUCGUCUGAUUUCUCGACUCCGAGCACCAACGGCUACUCGAACGACGUCAAGCAGGACAUGCCCAAGGAGGCCAGCCCCUCGGGUGUCAGCGACCUUGCGGUGUAAGACAGUGGCGGAUGGUGUAAAGCACCGCAUGUGUGAUAUACCUAGUGCAUGAGCGAGCGAAUCUACCAAGCAAGCAGAGCCCACGAGAACACUGCAGCGGCUUAGGAAGGUGAGGGAUUGGCCCCUGUAGAUAAAAGUGUAACAUAUAACCUAAUUGUCGAUCCAAUUCUUGCCGUUUGUCC